AUGGAAAACUAUCAAAUAAUACAAUAAAUUGGUAAAGGAAGUUUUGGAAUAGUUCAAAAAGUUAAACGAAUACAAGACAAUAAAAUUUUAGUAUCAAAAGAAAUAAACUAUGGUAAAAUGUCAGAAGGUGAAAAACAACAAUUGGUAUAAGAAGUAAAUAUAAUACGUGAAUUAAAUCAUCCAAAUAUAGUCAAAUAUUAUGACAGAAUAAUAGAUAAAAAAGAAAAAAAAAUACAUAUAAUAAUGGAAUAUUGUGAGGGAGGAGAUUUAAAUACAUUAUUAAAAAAAUGCAAAAAAACAAACGAUUUUAUAAAAGAAGAUGCUAUUUGGAAAAUAUUCACUUAAAUAAUUUUCGCUUUGAAUGAAUGUCAUAAUCGCCAAAAAAAUAAAAUACUGCACAGAGACCUUAAACCUGCUAAUAUAUUUUUAGAUUCAUAGAAUAAUAUUAAAUUAGGUGAUUUUGGUUUAAGCAGAAUACUUGGAGAAAACUCUCAAUUUGCAGAAACACAUGUAGGGACACCAUAUUACAUGUCUCCGGAAUAGAUUCAGGAGAGCUAAUAUAACGAAAAAAGCGAUAUUUGGAGCUUAGGGUGCCUUUUGUAUGAAAUGGCAGGUCUUAAACAUCCUUUUUAGGCUAAUAAUCAUCUUGCAUUAGCUAUAAAGAUAAAGGGAGGGAGCUUUGAUAGAAUUCCUUUUUAAUAUUCGGAAGAUUUAUAACAAUUAAUAUUAUAAAUGCUUAAUGUAAAUCAAGAAUUGAGGCCAAGUGUAUAAGAUUUGAUGAAAUUAAAUUAAAUAAAUUUCAGACUAAAAGAGAAAGAAAUAAGAAUUUUUUAUUAAAAUGUGAAAUUUAAGGAAGAAAAAAUAAAUAAAAUGAAGGAAUAUAUAGAAAUAUUAUAAAAGAGAAUUACUGAAAAGGAGAAUAAAAAUAUUUCUUUAUAAAAUUAUAUAUAAAAAAUAGAAAAUGAAAUUAGUUAGUUUGAAAUUUAAUAAAAAAAUAGUUUUUGUGAGGUUACAAGUUAAAAUUUAAAUAAAGAAUAUUAAAAAGAUAAUUUUAAAAAACUAAAUUAAUAUAUAAAUAAUAAUAAUAAUUAUAAAUAGAAUAUUUCUAAUAAUAGAUAGAAUUUAAGUAAUAUUAGAUCGAGUUUAGAUAAUAAUAGAUAUAGUUUAAGUAAUUUAUUUUAAAAAAAAUAAGAUUAUCAUAAUAAUGGUUAUAUAUAAAGAGUAAUCAGUAUUAGUGCUAGUAACCAUAAUAAUGAGUUAUCGAAUGAAUAUAAAUAGGAAUAAUAAAAAAAUUAAAAUAAUAAUAAUUAUAAAUAAUAUAAAACUAAUUUUUAAUAAUAAAAUAAUUAUAAAUGA